CGGGGCCAGCGCUCGCGGCGCCCACGUGACCCCGUUUCCCAUCCCGACCCCCCCAGGUCCGGAGGCGGGGGUCCGCCGAGCGACUUCGGGGCCGGACUUCGGGGCGGAGCCGCCGCUCGAGAGUCAAGUUGAGCCACCUGAGCCGGAGGACGCCGCCGCUCCCGCUGUCCGAGUCAGGCGCGCCGCGAUGGGCCAGGGGAGCCGGCCGCCCGCCCUGCCGCACCGGCCGCCACUCCUGCUGCUGCUCCUGCUGCUGCUGCCGCCGCCGCCUGCGACGCGGGCGCUCGCCCCUCGGAUCAGCCUGCCGCUGGGCUCUGAAGAGCGGCCAUUUCUCAGAUUUGAAGCUGAAAACAUCUCCAACUACACGGCCCUUCUGCUGAGCAGGGAUGGCAAGACUCUGUAUGUGGGUGCCCGAGAGGCCCUCUUUGCGCUCAACAGCAGCAGCAGCUUCCUGCCAGGUGGAGGGUACCAGCAGCUGCUGUGGAGCGCAGAUGUGGAGAGGAAACAGCAAUGCAGCUUCAAGGGCAAGGACCCGCAGCGUGACUGUCAAAACUAUGUCAAGAUCCUCCUGCCACUCAAUAGCAGCCACCUGUUCACCUGUGGCACAGCGGCCUUCAGCCCCGUGUGCACCUACAUCAGCGUGGAGAACUUCACUCUGGCGCAGGACGAGGCGGGGAACAUCUUCCUGGAAGAUGGCAAGGGCCGCUGUCCCUUUGACCCCAAUUUCAAGUCCACAGCCCUGGUGGUUGAUGGCGAGCUCUACACUGGAACAGUCAGCAGCUUCCAAGGGAAUGACCCGGCAAUCUCCCGGAGCCAAAGCCUCCGCCCCACCAAGACCGAGAGCUCCCUCAACUGGCUACAAGACCCAGCGUUUGUGGCUUCGGCCUACAUUCCCGAGAGCCUGGGCAGCUUGCAAGGGGACGACGACAAGAUCUACUUCUUCUUCAGCGAGACUGGCCAGGAGUUUGAGUUCUUUGAGAACACCAUCGUGUCCCGCAUCGCCCGCAUCUGCAAGGGUGAUGAGGGUGGCGAGCGGGUCCUGCAGCAGCGCUGGACGUCCUUCCUGAAGGCCCAGCUGCUGUGCUCACGGCCUGACGACGGCUUCCCAUUCAACGUGCUGCAGGAUGUCUUCACCCUGAGCCCCAGCCCCCAGGACUGGCGUGACACCCUUUUCUAUGGGGUCUUCACUUCCCAGUGGCACAGGGGGACCACAGAGGGCUCUGCCAUCUGUGUCUUCACUAUGAAGGAUGUGCAGAGGGCCUUUGAUGGCCUCUACAAGGAGGUGAACCGUGAGACGCAGCAGUGGUACACCGUGACCCACCUGGUGCCCACACCCCGUCCUGGGGCGUGCAUCACCAACAGUGCCCGGGAGAGGAAGAUCAGCUCGUCCCUGCAGCUCCCUGACCGUGUGCUGAACUUCCUCAAGGACCACUUCCUGAUGGAUGGGCAGGUCCGCAGCCAGCUGCUGCUGCUGCAGCCUGAGACCCGCUACCAGCGCAUGGCUGUACACCGUGUCCCUGGCCUGCACCGCACCUAUGAUGUCCUCUUCCUGGGCACCGGUGAUGGCCGGCUGCACAAGGCAGUGGGCGUGGGCCCCAGGAUGCACAUCAUCGAGGAGCUCCAGAUCUUCUCACCAGGACAGCCUGUGCAGAACCUGCUCCUGGACACCGACAGGGGACUGUUGUAUGCUGCCUCACACUCGGGUGUAGUCCAGGUGCCCAUGGCCAACUGCAGCCUGUACCGGAGCUGUGGGGACUGCCUACUCGCCCGGGACCCCUACUGCGCUUGGAGUGGCUCCAGCUGCAGGCACACCAGCCUCUACCAGCCUGAUGUGGCCUCCAGGCCAUGGAUCCAGGACAUCGAGGAGGCUAACGCCAGGGACCUCUGCAACACCUCCUCGGCCAGGCCCCGGUCUUCUGCACCAGCAGGCGAGAAGCCAUGUGAGCAAGUCCAGUUCCAGCCCAACACGGUGAACACCUUGACCUGCCCCCUUCUCUCCAACCUGGCGGCCCGGCUCUGGCUGCACAAUGGGGCCCCUGUCAAUGCCUCAGCCUCCCGCCGUGUGUUGCCCACUGGGGACCUGCUGCUGGUGGGCAGCCAGCAGGAGCUGGGGGUGUUCGAGUGCUGGUCGCUGGAGGAGGGCUUCCGGCAGUUAGUAACCAGCUACUGCCCAAAGGUGGUAGAGGAGGUGGCAGACCGAGGGGACCACAGUGGCAGCGUGCCUGUCAUUAUCAACACGUCGCGGGUGAGUGCUCCAGCCAGCGACGAGGUCAGCUGGGGUGAGGACAAGUCCUACUGGACCGAGUUCCUGGUGAUGUGCACGCUGUUUGUGUUCGCCGUGGUGCUCCUAAUUUUAUUCUUCCUGUACCGGCACCGGGGUGGCAUGAAAGUCUUCCUGAAGCAGGGGGAGUGUGCCAGUGUGCACCCCAAGACCCGCCCUGUGGUGCUGCCACCUGAGACCCGGCCACUCAACGGCAUGGGCCCCCCUAGCACCCCACUUGACCACCGAGGCUAUCAAGCCCUGUCAGAUAGCCCCCCAGAGCCCCGGGUCUUCACUGAGUCAGAGAAGAGGCCGCUCAGCAUCCAGGACAGCUUCGUGGAGGUGUCCCCGGUGUGCCCCCGGCCCCGGGUCCGCCUGGGCUCUGAGAUCCGGGACUCUGUGGUGUGAGAGCAGACUUCUAGAGGAGGCCACCCUGGCUUCAAGGGCCGGGAG